AUGAUUCAAGAACAUGGAGACUACAAGUCACUAGAUCCUGUUGAUAUCCUCGUGAGACUGAAUACUCAUGAAUUCCAGCAAGCCGAGAAGAGAGAUCUCAACGGGCCAAGCUAUGGAAGAUCACGUGCACUGAAGGCCAAGGCAAUUUCUUCAUCUGAAGGGGAACACUCUGACAGUAGCCUUGGCGACCCGGAAGAACUAAGGCAGGAGCUAGCAAUGCUUGUGAGGAAAUUCCAGAAGUUCUCAAGGCAUGGCCGCUUUGGAAAAUCUUUAAGAGGUGAUGAAUUGAGAUCAGAUUCUUCAUCCCGCGAUUACAAGAAAAGGACUUGCCACAAAUUCAAGAAGCCAGGUCAUUACAUAGCUGAUUGUCCUCAGUGGGUGAAGGAAUCAAAGAAGAAGAAGUACAAGGAUGACAGUUCAGAUGACUCGAAGAAAAAGAAGAAAUCUUCAAAGUCCCCAUCGUCGAAAUCUUUAAAGUCUUCAUUGAUUUCUUCUAGAACUACAUCGGUGCCAAGGCUGGAACAUCUGCUCAGCCUGCUGAAGAAACUGCAAGCGCAGCUAAAGAAAUUCAGGCCACUGAAGAAACUGCCAGGGCAACUUCCAAUAUUGUGCCUGAAGAUCAAACCAGGCCAGUGA